AUGUCGUAUUUUGACACCACAACUGGCUAUAAUUUCAGUGCAAUUUCUGAUAAAUGGUAUGACGUUUGUCACACAAAAGCCAGGGGCGGCAUGAUUGGGAUAACAGAAACUUAUCGCAGAACUAUUCAUUAUGAUGCUAUUGUUACAAUCAUUGCAAUUAUAUUAAUUAUUUUACCCAUGUUAUUCAAAAUUUAUGGAUUCGGUCUUCAAACGCAAUUACGAAACUUUUAUAAUAGAUUAGUACUUAAUUUUUGCUUUUAUGAAAAUCUUAUUGGACUCGGAGCUCUUGUUUGUUCAAUAUUUCACAUAUAUAUAAACCAGCAACCAGCUUGUUUAAGGUGGGAUAAAAAUAAAACGUAUUUCCUUCGUGGACAGUUCAGAAGUCCUUCUCCAGAUCUUGUUACAAUGACAAUUCUAGCUUCCGCUAUAAUUUCAUACACCCCAAAGUUCAAAAUCGCAAGAUAUUCAAUUGCAACAAUAAUUUUAGUUUUAGAUAUCUUCGCUCAAAUAUACGGUGGUCUAUCAUCAUAUGCUGGUGCGGUUUCUUCUGUAGCUCUUGAAUUUUGGGUCAUUUGUUUUUCAAAAUUUGUUCCACCAUGUACUUUUACAGCUUUUAAUAUUGUAGUUAUUAUAUUGGCUCUUUCAGCAGUAAUAUACAGCUCUAUAAAAUUUGAAUACGACGCAGAUAAUAAUAGAGAUUCACAUUAUCUUGCCAUUCGAGGAAUGCUUGCUGCAAUUAUGGCUCAAGUAUUCUAUGUUAACUACGGAUUGUCGCGCGAAGACUUUAAUUGGAUGGGUUCUGAUUGGACUGAAGAAUUAGAAGAAAAUGAUUCCGAUAGUGGAGCAGAAAUUCCUAAAAUGGAUACUGGUGCAAAAACAGUUGAUUUUGGUAAAGUUCUGAACGGUGAUCUUUAUUGUGGUUGCAUAGAUUUCAUAAUUUUCUUAUCUGGUAACAUUUUCUUGGGAAUGUACCCUAAUAUGCAUGGUUAUUCAUUCUUUAACUAA